ACUGGCACCGGCUCGGGCACAGCCGCGUGCUCCCGCGGCCCGCGCACCCUCCACGCAGGUCUGCUGAAAAAUGACAGAGUAUAAGCUUGUUGUCGUUGGAGCUGGUGGUGUGGGCAAGAGCGCCUUGACGAUACAGCUAAUUCAAAAUCACUUUGUGGAUGAGUAUGACCCUACGAUAGAGGAUUCCUACAGGAAGCAAGUAGUAAUUGAUGGAGAAACAUGUCUCCUGGAUAUUCUUGAUACAGCAGGUCAAGAAGAAUACAGUGCAAUGAGGGAUCAAUAUAUGAGAACAGGGGAAGGCUUCCUAUGUGUAUUUGCUAUAAACAAUACAAAAUCUUUUGAAGAUAUUCACCAUUAUAGAGAACAGAUAAAAAGAGUUAAAGACUCUGAAGAUGUCCCAAUGGUGCUAGUAGGAAACAAAUGUGACUUGCCUUCCAGAACCGUAGAUACAAAACAAGCUCAGGAUUUAGCAAGAAGUUAUGGAAUUCCCUUCAUUGAAACAUCAGCAAAGACAAGACAGGGUGUUGACGAUGCCUUUUAUACGUUAGUUCGAGAAAUCAGAAAACACAAAGAGAAGAUGAGCAAAGAUGGUAAAAAGAAGAAAAAGAAGACAAAGACAAAGUGUAUAAUUAUGUAAAUACAAUUUAUCCUUAUUCUUAAGACGUACUUAAGUAAUUUUUGUACAUUACACUAAAUUAUUAGCAUUUGUUUUAGCAUUACUUUAUUUUCUGCUUUAUGAUCUUGUUAGCUUUACCUGAAUGCUUGUUUUAAAUGACAGUGGAAACUUCAUUCCUCUUAAGUGCCAGUAUUCUUUGAGUGUUGGUUCUUGAACUAGCGAUGCCUGUGAAAACAAAACAAAACCCUGAGAACUCUCUUAGGACUCUUUGGUGCAUGCACAGUUGCUAACUUCCUAUUUUUCUUACCAGUUGUGAACUUUUGUUCUGUGUGCAAACAAAACAACAAAAUGAUGCUCUCUACAUUCUAACACCCCCUUUAAUAUUUUUAUUUUUUAAAUCUGGUUGAGAAAAUGGGCUAGUUAGCAAAAGAGAUUCAGACUUUCUUAUAUCAGACUUUCACUUUAGACUGACUGCAAUAUAGAGAGACCAGAAGCCUUUAUAGUCUUCCUGUAGUUUUUGCUUCUAGGCAUCUAGUCUUGUAGCAUUUCAGAUCAACUUUAAUGAAUGUAAAGAUAUAACUUUCACAAAAAAAAAAAAAAAUCACUGCAAUUUGUCACAGUCACUCCUUAAAUACUCUAUUUUUUCUAUAAAAAAAAAGAAAAAAAAAAGAAAAAUUAAAAAAAAAGACAAUAAUGCACAUCUGGCAAUGGAAAAAGUAAAAGUUCCAAUUAGGUUGAUUUGCUGUUGUUAACACAUUGCUUUAAGACUUUUCACUAACGUUUUCUGUCCGAAGACAUCAGUGAUAUCCUGGCUUUCCUGACCCCAGUGGCAAAUGUCCAAGCAGCUCAGGAAGUGCAGGAUUUCACCCUUGGUGUCUCUAAGAAAUACUAGAAUGCCUUAACAGAUAAGUUAAUUCAAACUCUUAGGUUAAUUCAUUCGUGAAUCCAGAAUUUAUCAUAAGAACUAAAUCAGAAUAUCGCUAAACUACAUAGUUCGGCGAAAUUCUUUCCCCCCUCCACCCUUCCCCAGGGUGGCAUUGUGUAUUUCCAGAUGCCCAUUUUGUAUAAAACAGGGGAGGAAUUUUAAAUCACAGUAACCUCAAAUCAGUAGCUUGACUUUUAGCAAUUAAUUUGGAAAUCACUAUGCCAUAAAAAUGUGGAAUUUGCACAAAUGUUCAGCAUAGAUCAUGGUUUCCAUAGUCAAUGUUGUUUGUGUGGUGUUUGUGAAAUACUAGUUCUGUUGCACAGAUUAAAUAGUUGGUGAGUGGCAUUCCAGUGUCUAGUGUGUCAUGAAGCUAGACCAAGAUUUUAAUGUUUUCUCUGUAUUUUUUUUUAAUUUUGACUUUUUUUUUUUUCCUGAUUGGAAUUAACACAGAAUUUUUGCAGCUCUCAUUUUUGGUACUGCAGUAAAAUAGGUAGGCUGCACCCAAGUAAGAGCCAGUAACUCCAGUGCUACCAGUUCCUCUUGUCUUUCUUACAGACGCUGCAGUGUUUGAUGGUUUUAGUUAGGGCCUCAGUUCCCGAAGGUGCAGUUUUUAUUAGCACCCAGCUCAGAUAGGUGCCGAGUAAAAGUGACUGGGAAUGUGACUCCGGUGUACCCUGAAAGAUGACAAGAAAUGAAGUGUCUCUAGUCAGGACCCUGGACUGGGACAUUUUUAGCUUUGAAGAGGCAAUAGCAGCUACACCCUAACCUAAACUAUCCCUAAACCUUGACAUCUAAAUUAUGCUCUGAGUUUUACACAGUAGGAUUUUCAUGUGUCAGUGUAACUUAGACCAUUUAUAUGGUGUCAAAGGUGCAACUUGCAAACAAGAAUUAUUCUUGUGCUUCUACAAAGGACAAAUAAAAGAGCAGCAGCUCUCCAAGAGCUGCAGAGCUGGCAGGGGAAGCCCCGAGGAUACUCUCUGCAUUGCUGCAUGUUCUUCUAAUUUAUUUGUGGCUGAGAGAACUUAACAAAUGAAUGUCUUCCCUUGCUCCYCUCCAUCCCUCCUCCCUGAAAAAUCCAGUCCUCACCAAAACAGAAAGCCUCGUGCAGCUUUGAUGGGAAAGCUACUCUAUAGAUGACAAAGUACUCUGGAAGAUGGUGGUAGGAGAACCUAGCAGUGUAUCGUAAGGACCAGUAAGGAACAGGAAUAAAUCCUUAAUGUCACAAUAGAUGUUACAACUUCUAAGGCUAAAACAUUUUGGACAUAGUUGGUUAUUUACGUAUUUUAGACACCCUCUUGAUGUAUGUGAAGAAGGUAGCAGAAGUGGAUAGCAUACCUUGAACACACAAAGGUAAUCGCAAGAUUUGUGAAUUUUGGUAACUGAGUCACACUGCAUGUAAAAUUAGGGCCAGACUGAAAGUUUGUAGGCUAAUUCAAUUAAACUUUUGGGAAAGCCAAUUAAAUUGAAAAGCUUUAAUCAUCAAAUGUGUAUGUGUAUAGCUAUAAUACAAAGCUAUAUAUGAAAUGCWUUUUUCUUUGUUUCAAUAAACCAAUCUAAUUAAAUUAGUACAAAAUCUAUUUAGAUUAGCCCUUAUUCACUUUCAGAAAUUACAUCCUUGCCACUGUUGUGCAGUUUUGUCUUAAUAUUUGUAGAGAUUUGGUGAAGCAUGUUGGAUUGCAGCUUGCACAAGUUGAUUUUGUUAUUAUUCUGUCCCUCCCUACUUGAAAUGCUUUUAAAGACCAUACCUGGAUGCUGUCUUUUCUGAUGGCAACUACUCAACAAACAUGUGAAUCAUGUACAACAUUAACCCGUUAAGUUGCCACGUGUCAGGGAGCAACACCUUCUUCCAGUAGCUUUAUGUAACUCUGGUAGACAACCUUGUCAUUGCUUCUCUCAAAGCUGAACGUUAAUUCUCACAACCAGCUGCACUGCUCUAAAGGUUUUGCUAACUUAGAAGUUUUGGAAAAAGUUUGAAAAUUCUUUAAAAAUAACUGGGAUUUCUGCAAGGGUAAUUACUGAUACAUCAUCUUCCACUCCUACCUGUACAACCAAGCAAUACAAUUACCUUCAAAGACCAUCAAACCGCAAACGAAUCGUUCUGUGUGAAGUUUACAUAAAGCUACAGAGAUGGUAAAAUCUUUCCUAACAUUUCUUUAUUCCACUGUCUUGUGUUUUCAUGUUGAAAAUACUUCUGCUUUUUC